AUGUCCGGCAAAAGGGCUCGCGCAGCCUUUGAGGCUGACCUGCAAACACAGGAGUCUCCUUAUGCCUUUUACGGAACUCCGCUUCCGCCGCUGGAUGCCGGCGUCCGCGACGACGGAUCUUAUGUACCGAUCUGGAAACAGGAGGUGACAGAUGACCGGGGAAGGAAACGCCUCCAUGGGGCCUUCACCGGUGGAUUCAGUGCCGGCGCACUAAAGGUGGUCGCGUCUUUCAGGUACUUCAACACCGUCGGAUCGAAGGAAGGAUGGACGCCCUCAACUUUUGUUUCCUCGCGACAGAGCCGAGCAAAGGAUGCUCGACAACAACGAGUAGAAGACUUCAUGGACGAAGAGGAUAUCCGGGAGGCAGAAGAAUCUCGAAAUCUACACAUUACCGAUGAAUUCUCCGGGUUUGGGUCCACAGAUGUCGACGCCAACCGCCGGGGAGGGCUAAUGGACCUUUUUAGAAGUGGCGGUGAGACAAUGGGAGUCAAAUUGUUGAAAAGGAUGGGCUGGAAAGAGGGUCAGGGCGUUGGUCCCAAGGUUCGACGCAGAGCUCAUCUUGGUGACGACGCAGCCUACAGUAGUGGAAGCACUGACAAGACGUACUUGUUCGCACCGGAGAAUUCACGCAUGGUGUCUUUCACACAUAAGACCGAUCACAAAGGGCUUGGGUUUGAAGGCGAAUCUCGUCUUGGCUCGCAAAAGGCCGGGGGCGACGGGUCUGAUGAAGAUGCCGAUCCAUUCUUUGCGCAACGACUGACAGGUCAAGGCAUUUCCAAGCGGUCAGCCCAAAAGGGGCCGCGUCGCGGAGCAUUUGGUGUCGGUGUGUUAAAUGACACCGGUUCAGAUGACGAGGACCCGUAUUCCUUGGGGCCCCAGAUCUCGUAUAAUCGAGUUAUUGGGAAAGAUAAAAAGAAGAAGAAAAAGUUGCUGGAAGAUGUAAAACCAAAGGUGGCAUCCAACCCUCUAUUGACCAACAAACCAGUCUUCAUAUCCAAGAAGGCAAUUGCCGGUAGGAAUUCUACAGGGUUCAGGAAAUGCCACGAUGGCCGCUUGCCCUUAGAUGGGUUUGUACUAGCGGACGGCGUCUCUAGCCUAACGAUUUCAGCACAGGAGAAGAAAUACGCACCCCCCGAGGUCCCCAAAGAUUGGAAAUGCAGCAAGACGCCAUCAAAAGAGAGGGAUGCAUCUAAAUAUGUUUCUACAGCUGAAGCAGCUAAAGCUUCUUCUUUAGAUCCCACGUCACGAGCUGCGCUUUUAGGGGAAGCGCAACUUCCCGGAAAAUCUAUAUUUGAUUGGAUGACCCCUGAGGCCAGGGAGAGGAUCGUCAAAAUAACAGGGAAGACUGACCUACCGCCAGCAUUGGGCGAGAAAGCUCCCGAAGGAUACGAGAUGUCAGAGGCGCAGAAACGGAAGGAUUUGUGGGAUCUUGUCCCCAAAUUGGAUAAGCAAGUAGCAGUUCAGGCCUUGACCCGAGCGGCUAGUGGAUGGAUGCCUUAUUCCGAGGAUCCAGAUAAGCGAUCCCGAUAUCGAACGUUCCUUCAAGUCCGGGCGGGACUCCGAGAAAGUCUUCCGGAUCGUGUUUCCGGGUCGAGCACCGACGAAUGGGUUGCUGAGCUCCACGAGUUCGCUCGCGCUGCAGAGGUCUUCAAACCGAUGUCCGGGGCCAUGGCGUCGCGAUUCACGUCUGCCUCCAGUGGACCAAAAGGAUCCUCAGAUGAGGCUGAGUCAUCUGCGGAUUCGUUGCUUCAAAACCCUGCCAAGAAGCCCGAAGACCCUGCCGUAGCAGCCGCAAAGAUCGGCAUGUUCGGCCCGAUGACUCGAAGUAACAUUUCGUUCUAUCCGACGCGUCUAUUAUGCAAGCGAUUGAAUGUGAAACCCCCAGACCAUGUGCAAUCAAACCCCAGCGAUCCGGCCAAACCUUCAGACACUGCCCCUGGAGGACGGUUCCAGUCUGCAGGAUAUCAGACUACUGGGCCUAAGGAAUUAGUCCCUCAGGAAGUCAUGGAUCAGCUUCUGCUUGAAGCAGGCACUAGCAGUGGCGCUGUUGAAAAACCUAAACCGAUCGUAGUGGAGCCUGAGCGUAACGAAGCGUUGGAGGCAGAACGACCAGGCGAGGAGAUCUUCAAGGCGAUAUUUGGAAGUGAUGACGAGGAUGAUGAGAAAGGAUGGAUGACGAACACCUCAACUGCUGAUCCGCGUGACAAGCAUAAUUCGCCAAACCAGCGGUCAAUUGAAUUAAUAGAGAGAUACAGAGUAAAAAAGGAGAGAGAAAGAGAGAGUGGUAAGAAUAGCAGUCAUGUAGUGGUAAGCUUUCUAUUUUUUACGGCGAACCAUCCUUUGGGAAAUCCUAGCGUGAGGUUUUUUAAAAUUGAGAAUCUUUUUUUCGCGACUUCUCUUAACUUAUCAUUCCAGCUUCUUAUCAGUCCCAUACCAAAUACGUCAUGCGACGGUUCUCGACCGUGGGCCAUUAAAUUCCCAAAGUCACUCAGUCAUACGAUUUCCGCUCAGGGCAUCUCGGGAAUCUUGGAGCUUUUCACAUUACUCUUUCUGGCUGAAUGGAGUCCAGUCUUCAAUAUCUACAAAAUGGGUUGUUGCUUGUCUACUUCGCGUGACAACCGCUCCGCAUAUGCAACCCAGACAGCCACCGAAGAGCGCCGUCCGGAAGCGUCCUCUCGUGGAGUGAGUUCAACAACCGCCGCCGCUAUCCCUUCUAAUUCUGCGCGUGUCGUCAUUCGUUCCUCCCCGGAUCAUCUCCCGUUGAAUGAGAAUUUCAACGCCCCUAUCCGCCGUCAUGUCUGGUAUAGUAAGCGCCGACUGUGGAAUCGUGCGCAGCUGGAUCAGGAGCGCAAGGAGUUCUUCGAGACGCGUGUGACGGGUAAACCUGAGAUCUGGGCCGCACUGUCUGCGGCGAUAUCACUCAUGCAUACGGGUGAUCUCACCACAGCUCAGAGCAUCAUUGACGCUGCUGGAGUCACGGUGCCUACGGGUGACCUGUGUCAGGGCGCCUACGAUGAGCAAGGGGUCCUUUAUAGGUUACCACAAUGCAUCGUGAGCGAUCCAGAGAACUUGGUGAAGUCGAACCUCGGAGAGGAUGAUUUCGACACCGACGACGGCAAGUUAUCAUUGGACGAGGAAUCGGGAGACGAACUUAUCGCAGACGAUGCCGAACGUCGCAGAGAUGAGAAGGGCAAGGUCAGCGAGCGAGACUUAAUCCGCGUGAAAGCACGACUCAGCGAUAGGGGCGGGCCUGACAUGGUCGUGACUGUCGGCAAAACACAGAAUGUUGCUUAUAUCGCCCGCAAAUUGCAACAGGAGGCCGAAAUUCCCAAAACACAGCGAGUAAAAAUCGCCUACCUAGGCAAAAUACUCAAAGAACAUGUACCCCUAGUCGACCAAGGAUGGAAACAAGGCAAUGUGAUCAACGCAUUGGUUGUCGCACGACCAUCUCCAUCAUGCUAA